AUGCAGGAAAUUCAGCAGGCUCCUUGCCCAGGUGGUCUCACUGGCACUCCCUCCCUCCCCGUACCAGACCGGGAGCACUGGGGUGUGGACUACCAGGGCUGCAUGGGCACCAUGCAGUCGCCCAUCAACAUCAACAUGGCCAAGACCAUCUUCAGCCCCCAGCUGCAGCCGAUCCAGCUUUCUGGCUACAGCCUGCCUGCCAAUGAGAAGCUCAAGCUGAGGAACACAGUUGUCCUUGAGCUGCCUGAGUCACUGGCCAUCACCGGUGGCUAUGCCCAGCAGUACCAAGCCGUGCAGUUGCACCUGCAUUGGGGCUCCCUAUUGGGACCUGGCUCGGAGCACACUAUCAACAGGUGCUGCUUUGCUGCAGAGAUCCACGUGGUCCACUACAACGCCAAGUAUGACAGCUUUAAGGAGGCAAUGGUCCACCUGGAUGGCCUGGCCAUACUAGGAGCCUUCCUGGAGGUUGGGCCAAGGGAGAACCCAUACUAUCAUCAGGAAAUACCUGAGCAUCUGUACAAAAUCCAAAGAGAAGGUGAGGAAGUCUUGGUGCCUGGAUUCAACAUAGCAGGCCUGCUGCCUGCCAACCUGAAACUCUACUUCCACUACAAUGGCUCUCUGACCACCCCUUCCUGCUACCAGAUGGUGAAGUGGACAGUCUUCAACCAGACCAUGCUGCUCUCUCAUGACCAGAUGUCAGUGCUGGUGACAAGCCUGAGGAAUGAUGACAGCAAACCUCUGCAGAACAGUUUCUGGCUGGUGCAGGACCUGCAUGGGCGACAGGUGCUGGCAAGUUUCCAGACCACCCUCCUUUUGGUGAAGCAGCUGCCUUCUGGUAAGGAGCACAUAGCAACAGGACACUCCAGCUCUUCAUUUCAGGCAGGGGAUGUGCUGGCUGUGCUCUUUGGGGUGCUCUUUGCCAUCAUGAUACUGGCCUUCCUGCUAUACAGAUACAAGCACUGCAGUCAAAAUGCACAGCUCGACUUGCCAACCAAAUUCAAGGUCAUCUACGUGGCAGCCACCACUGACAACACCAUGUGA